AUGGCCGAAAAACAGGAAUACAAAUUUAAGUGGGACGGAAAAGAAAUAAAGCACCGAUGGGAAGGUUUCGUGAAAUUUGGCAAUGCGUCAGCGGUGGAAAUGACAGGGAAGAAUUUCGAUAAGUGGCUGAAAGACGGGGGAAUCCAAAAAAAAGCAAAUUUCAACGAGACAAAAGAUGUAUUAGUAGCAGUUGCGGAAGACCGAGCACGGACAACCAAAAAGGAUCCACAAGAAGAAUUGGAUAUCAUCACUGAAAAACUGUCAAAACUAGAAGCUCCAUCACUUAAAGGUGUUGCUAAAGCGUCUGCCGAUGGUGUGUACAAUCGUUUAACGGAUCAUACCAAAUAUACCGGUUCACAUAAGGAACGUUUCGAUGCUGAGGGCAAAGGACGUGGAAAACUUGGCAGGGAGGAUAUCGUCGAGCAAACCGGUUAUGUAGCAGCCUAUAAAAAUAAAGACACCUAUGAUAAACUCCACAAAAACAUUCAGUGA